ACAGAUAACGUUUCAAAGAGGAUUCUAAAUUAAGAUGAGGGCUUUUGUAGGUUUUAGAAAAGCGCUUGCUCGUUCCAUAGUCAACGGGAAGCUUUCCUUUAAGGGUGAUAACGCUUCCUGUAAUCAUGCAAGAUCAACAAAACGAUACCUCAAUGUCCCAGAAUUUGGGGGUAUGAGGAUUCUUAAAGAACAUGGUAUUCCUACACCCAUGAAUCGUUUAGCGCGCUCCCCUAGCGAAGCAGAAGCGAUGACUCAUGAAAUACUUGAGAGUACAAAGUGUGGAGAAGUCGUACUUAAGGCCUUGGUGCUUACCGGAGGUAGAGGAAAGGGUAAAUUCGUAGGAACUGAUAUCUCAGGAGUAGAGCUUGCUAAAUCACCCGAACGUGCAAAGACACUCGCCGAAGGCAUGAUAGGCAAUGUGUUGGUUACCAAGCAAACUGGAGCAUCUGGUUUGAAAUGUAAAGAAGUCCUUGUAGCUGAAAAGUUGAAUUUAGCUAAGGAAAGAUAUAUUUCAUUUAUGCUUGACAGAAGCUCAUGUUCCAUUAUGGCAAUAGCUACCAAACAUGGAGGUGGGAAUGUAGAAGAGGUUUCCGAAAAGGAUCCUUCUGCGGUGCUAACCGUGAAAAUUAAUCCCUUAAAAGGCAUAACUGAUGACGAAGUAACUAAAAUAGCAACCCAUUUGGAUUUCUCUAAAGGUCUGUUAGAAGACACCAAAUCUUUUGUCAAGAACAUGUAUCACGCAUUUGUAGCUAAGGAUGCUCUUCUCUUAGAAAUUAAUCCUCUUUCAGAGACUGAAAAUAGUAAGCUAGUGGCUUGUGAUUCCAAAGUUAUUAUCGACGAUAAUGCUGAUUUCAGGCAAAAAGAGAUAUUCGAAUCAGUGCCCCCUGCUGAAAACGAAUUGGAAGCGAGAGCCAACGAAGUGGGAUUGAAUUACAUUUCUUUAGGUGGCAAUAUUGCAUGUAUAGUUAAUGGAGCUGGGUUGGCCAUGGCUACACUUGAUUUGCUCACCCACCACGGAGGUUCACCAUCUAAUUUCCUAGACGUCGGAGGUAAUGCUACAGGUCAUAUGCUGAAUCAGGCUCUCGAUAUUGUAGCUUCGGAUGCAAAAGCUAAGGCUCUUCUGGUUAACAUAGUAGGUGGUAUCGUUCAGUGUGACCAGUUUGCUCUGUCAUUUGUAGAGGCUGCUAAGAACUCUAAAAUGCAGAUCCCAGUCGUAUUAAGACUCCAGGGUACGAACGCCGAUGCUGCCAAAAGAAUCCUCAAUGAAGCUCAAAUACCACAUAUAUUCUGCCAGGAUUUCGAUUCCGCUGCUAAAUCAGUUGUCGAAAUUGCUAAUGCAUCUUGAAUGGAUUUUAUUAUAACUUUGGGGUCAAUAGUAGGGUGACACAACUCACUGAUAGCAUCCCACAAC